GCUCUGUCCUGCAAUAGGCAGGAUAGGAGAUUGUGGCCAUGUCAGCCUGAUGUGCUCAUGCUUCCUGGAAAGAAGUUUAGCUGCAGGUGGCUGAACAGGCUGUAAACCCAGUGCACUGAAGGAUUUUUCUUUUUCUCUGUAGGUGAUGCUAGCAAAGAAUCUGGAUGUGUCUCAAGGGCUGGUGAACGGGGCACGAGGCGUUGUUGUAGGAUUUGAAAGUGAACAGAAGGGGCUGCCUAAGGUGAGGUUUCUCUGUGGGGUCACACAGGUCAUAAGAAUGGAGAAAUGGGUCUUCAAAGGACCAUCAGGAGUUCACCUGAGUAGUCAACAGCUGCCUUUAAAAUUGGCAUGGGCCAUUUCCAUUCACAAGAGUCAGGGCAUGUUUUUAGAUUGUGUGGAAAUCUCCCUGUCUCGUGUCUUUGAAAGUGGGCAGGCUUACGUAGCCCUCUCCCAAGCCUGUAGCCUUGCAGGUCUCCAUGUUCUGGAUUUUGACCCAAAAGUAGUGAGAGCUGAUCCUUCUGUGCUGCAGUGCUAUAGACAGUUAAGAAGUCAACAGCUUUUAACCCAGAAGCCGUCGGAGAAGAAAGAAGAGCCAGGACUGGAACUUUGAGGCAAGAGCGAAGAAGAGGAGCAGCAGCGUCGAGCUCAAGAGGGAGCACGACAGAGACCCUCUGGGCAAAUGCACCUCCCUGGCCCCCCCCGGGCAGGGAUCCGUAAGAGUCCGGCGGUCAGCUUCAGGCUGCCCCGGCUGGCUUUGCGCUGGGCGACCUCCCUGUAAGCAGGGCUGGGUCUUUGCUUUGCUUUGCUGGCCUUUGGCCAUGGCGCUCCUUUGGCUGCCCGGAGAGAGGGGCAACCCUGUAAGGAGGGUGAGAGCCCCCCUCUCCGCACCCAAGGGGGGAAACGGAGCUCUCCCGACCGCCAGCCCGCCCUGUCAUCAGG